UUCUUUUGUUUUCAAUAAUUUCAAUACUAUAAUAAUAAAUUAUGCAUAUAGUUAUCGUUGAGUACGACACUUUUGUACCAUAGUAUAAUUGAGCGACAGUUGUAAUUGUACCGCAGUCAUUGUGAGAGAUGGAGACAAGAGCUGACUUUGGCCGCAUGUCGCCGGCGCGCGUGAAGGAAGAGGUAGACACGGACCUGUUGGAAAUGCCCCUUAUUAAGGAGGAACCAGCAUUCUUGGAUGAAAAGGAGUGUGUGAAGGAGGAGUGUGAGGACAGUACAGAUGGGUAUGGCGUGAGCGAGACAGCCAUACCUAACCUGUACGCCGAGCACGAGGUCAAGGACGAGCUCGUGCUGGGGCCGGAGCGCCCGCAUCGCCCCACAGUCGGCCUGGUAGUGAGAGCGCCCACUAUUAUGUCCUCUGCUGCGGUGUCGGAUCGGGGACGCUCGUGCGCGGUCAGGCUGGAGCGCCUGCUGCCGGACGCGGCGCGGCGCAGCUGCCGGGUCGGGCGCCGCACGUACAAGCUGCGCGCCGCCGAGCCCGCCGCCGCCGCCAGCUAUCAGUGCCACCAUUGCGGCGAACGGUUCACGAACAAGUCGGUUUUAAAGAAACACGUACACACUCACUCACCUUUACAUAACGCAGCCGUUGGGGAUUAUGGGUUAGAACGACAUCAGAUUCUGCACGGGGGCAAAAAACUGUAUAAAAAGACUCACGUGAUUAUACAGACAGGUGAAAAGCCUUUCGGGUGUCACUGUGGCUACAAGUCUAGUUUGAAAUCAAAUUUACGGAGACACCUGAUGACUCACACAGACGAGAAGCCUUUCAGGUGUAGCCACUGUGGCCAGGGGUUUAGCAGAAAAGCACAUUUACAGACUCACCUGAUGUCUCACACUGGCGAGAAGCCUUUCACGUGCAGCCGCUGUGCCUACAAGUGUAGAACAAAAACAGGUUUACGUACUCAUGUGAUGAGUCACACUGGCGAGAAGCCUUUCAGUUGUAGCCACUGUAGCCACAAGUGUAAAAGAAAAGUAGAUUUACAAGCUCACCUGAUUACUCACACUGACCAGAAGCCUUUCACGUGCAGCCACUGUGCCUACAAGUGUAAAAGAAAAGCAGAUUUACGUACUCACGUGAUGAGUCACACUGGCGAGAAGCCUUUCAGUUGUAGCCACUGUAGCUACAAGUGUAAAAGAAAUGUAGAUUUACAAGCUCACCUGAUGAUUCACACUGGCCAGAAGCCUUUCAGGUGUAGCCACUGUGGCUUCAAAUGUAGAAGAAAAACACAUUUACGGAGUCACCUGGUAACUCACAGAGCCUUAUAGGUGUAGCCACUGUGGCUACAAGUGUAAAAGAAAAGCAAAUUUACAGAGACACCUGAUGACUCACUCAGACGAGAAGCCUUUCCAGUGUAGGCACUGUGACUACGAAUCAUGCACAAAAGAGGACUUACGGAAUAAUAAUAAUAUAAUAUUUAUUUCAGGCAAUGUACCCAUAUCACAGAUUACAAAUUUACAAUAUCACAUUAAAAUACAAUAACCUAAAAUGUAAAAAAAAGGUAUAUAAGAAUAAAAUAGAAACGUUCUUACAAUGUAUACAACUGGGCACUUAUUUUCUAUUUCGUUCGCGAUGCAUUGUCACCCAGUAUUUAAAAAAUCGGCAGUCCAGACGUUCAGACAGAGUGCGGAGAAUCUCAUUGUCCGAUGUGCCCAGGCGAUCCCUAAACGAUGCUAUGCGCGAUCUCCUCACCGCAUAGAAAUCCGGGAUUCUAGCAUCCACUGAAAAAAAUAGAUAGCCGAACUGGUUUUGUAACUUUACUAAAUAACUACACUACGGUUAUAAGAAAAUAAACUUUGCAUAAAUUUACAAACUUAUUUUGUAGUGUAUACCCAGUACUUGAACACUGAUAGCCAAACACGGUUUUGUAACAUAUAACACAUAGUUCGCAAGUCCCAAUUUUUGUGUAAACAGUAACCAAAAUUUUGUUACAGUUAUGCAAACAUUUCUUUCAGUGUCCGCGAACAUGUUCGAUGCACUGCAAUAUCGGGGUAGUUUCAUAAGUAUACGGAACGCGUUGUUAUAUUGCACCCUUAUCGUGUUUAUUGCUCGUCUUGUGCAGUUGACCCAAAGCUGGCAUGUGUAGAAACAUUGACAAAAUGCUCUGAACAGUGUCAGCUUCACUGGGUCACUACACCGUGCAAAUCUUCGCGCAAGCAUGUUACAUCGAACUGCAGUAGCCCGGCGCUCACGCUCCACAUCGGCAUCAUCUUUGAGACUCUCCGUCACCACGUGCCCCAGGUACCGAAAUUGUACUACUUUUUCGAUUACAGUGCCAUCUAAGAAUACUGGGGGAACCCUAUCCGGACCCUUUCCUGCCCUAAAAAACAAGGAAUUGGGUCUUUUUAACAUUAUAUUGGAAUCCAUGUUCUAAAGCAUAUCUUUCACAAAUGCUCAGCAGCCUCCUCAGUCCUCUAAUUGAGCACCAUGUCGUCUGCAUAGCUUAUAUUGUUUACGCAAGUCGAGCCAAUAUGGCAGCCAACCUUGGUGCCUCUCAGUUCCUCAAUCAGGUCGUUUACAUACAGACUGAAGAGAUCCGGUGAGGUUACCCCUCCUUGACGAACUCCGCAUUCUAGCCUGUAUUCGCUAGAAGUCGAGUCGCCCCAUCUUACUGACAAGGAAAGGUACCCAACUGUCCGGUUCCGAUUUGAUUCAUAUUUAUAUAUGUUAUAGAGUAUAAAAUAACAGACACGUAUUUUUUUUAGCUGCCCAAACUCAACCUAUUGGGAGAAAUUGUCCUCCAAAGUACUAAAAAGUUACUAAAUCUUCUAACUCCUAUAGAAAGUGAUGCAUAACUAGCAAGUUGCUCGAGCAUAAUUUUCUAUAGGAGUUAGAAGAUUUAGUAACUUUUUAGUACUUCGGAGGACAAUUUCUCCCAAUAGGUUGAGUUUGGGCAGCUAAAAAAAAAUACGUGUCCGUUAUUUUAGACUACUCUAUAACAUAUAUAAAUAUGAAUCUUAGUAACGGCAUGAGCUACACGCUCUCGAUAACGGCGGUACACCAAAUCCUUAGGCCAAAAGUCAGUACUUAGAAAUCUGUUUAUUUUGCUCGUUAAUAUAGUUAUUUUAAAUGAGUUAAACGUUGUGUCAUGAUAUUGCUUAAGUAACUCAACGCUUACACAUUCUUCUCCCAUAUCCUUUAUGUGAUCUAAAUAUAAUGUCUGUCUCCGUUACAGUUUUUGUAGCGGAGUGACGUUUGUGAACGCACUCCUUAAAAUAUGUUAUCUAUGACUGUCACUUUGACAGCUCUCUCUGACUCACCCCUUGCUUAUAUGGACGGAUAUGCUGUAUAUCAAUUUAAUUAUAAUUAAUAUUAAGAAGCCACUUACAACUAAAAUAAAUACAACAAGAAGUGUAUCAAGUGUUUUAUUGAAGAUACUACAGUUUUCUUAGUACGAGAUACAUAAAUGGAACAUUGCGACUCCGCUACUUGUAUCCUUCCGCUAGAUGUUAAUGUCCCUCGCAUAUUGACAUGUUUCUUUUUUCGCUUUGUAGCUUUACUUUCAACCAGAGUAUAAGUUGUGUCUAGCUCCUUGCGUGAAACUUCGCUUUGUAACGUUAAUUUCGUAUUGGCAUUCCUAGCACCUACCGGCGUGGCGACCAGGAAUCACGAGAUGAAACACAUUGGGGAAAAACUUUGUGACAUAGUAACUGUGACUACAAGAGCAAUAAAAAAUCAGAUCUACGACGUCAUCAAAUUAUACACACGGGUGAAAAGCCUUUCCAGUGUAGUUAUUGCGAAUACACGUGCAGGAGAAAAGCUUAUUUAAGCACUCACCAAAAGAAAUCUCACACUCGGAAAUAAAGAAAGAACGCUUAGCACAAGGAAGAUCACACAUUAACCCUACUGUUCCUAUUUCUAUCGCACGCGAGUAAUUAGGUAUAUUGCUGUCGACCGCCGGCGGCCAAUGACACUGCGAGCGGGUAACGUUGGUCGUUGGGGUUAAUUCGAUACAGGUUUAGUUACUGCAUUGAAAUCAUAGCAUAUUGUCGUGUUGGUUUUAGUUGGUCCUUUACGUUUUGAUAUCUUUUUUUACUAGACCCCGACAAAAGUUAUCUUCGUUGGGUUAAUGUAACCCGACUUUACUUUUUUUUUUUAUUGAUAAAAAUGUUUAUAUGACAUUACAGUUGAACCAAUGCGUCACGAAACUUCGACAAACAUCAAUAAUAAUUAUAAGCAUUAACAAUUAUAAAACAAUAAUGGCACAUUGACAAAUUAAAUUGGAACAGUUGAGCACCUAGCAUCCAUCGCCUCACAGAAUCUCAAGCACUCAAGCCCCGAUGACCUGUUCUCACUUACUCCUGACGUAGCUCAAUGGCUGAAAACCUUGGAUACAAACUUGUGACAUACCUGAUAUAUUUUCGAUUUACUUGUGAUUUUUGUUAUGCCAUUCGAUUAAAUAAAACUAUACCCUGCCGCCCAUCGCCACGCAAACAGGCCGCAUUCAGGCGUCGAUGCCAGGAGCGCAGCGAGCAGUGAGAGGGCGCGCGGCGCCAUACGCUGCGCGCCGGCGGCACGGCCGACAGGUCACGUUGUCGUGCUCUGAGGGCCAUUCUCGGGACGUCCGGAACAAACAGGCGCACGAGACCAGAGACAGCCUCGGGACAGUCUGACUCCCCACGCAAGGCUCGGCAUGCCAUGACAAGGAGUUGGUAAUUCCGCCUGACCUCCAAGAAAUUGUACCCGAGGGAGCCGAGAAGAUACUUUGUCGGGUACAGGUACUGAUCUAAUCUGAAUAUUUUUUAUAAAGGAACCUUAAAAACGCUUUCUAGACCAUCUAAAGCAUACGUCGAUUCGUAGGGGUUCCAUAUGAUCGACGAAGUGUCCAGCUUACUCCUUACUAGACCAUUGUAAACCAUUUUUAUAGCCACCGGCGUCAUGAAAAUCGCGGAGGUUUCGGUUCCUAGGACAGUAUAGGAAUGGGUAGAUUUUAUUUUAGAAUGAGGUCAAAACUUACAGAUUAAAAGUAGUUACAACUGUUACUGUUACUGUUUCUACAGUAAAUUCCAAUAAUGUUUGGCGUAGCACGUAAUUCCAAGAGCUGCAAACGUUUAUAGGCUAUGUUAACCUUUUACUGUUACUGCUAGACUUUUGAAAUUAUAUUUAUAGUUAAAUUAUGUAAUUUACAAAUAGGAACAUACAGAACAAAAAUAAUACACACUUUAAUUAUUAUUGUCAUAGUUUUAUUUUAAUUGUAGGUAAUACCUAUGUUUGUAAUAUUACUAAUAUUACAUUGCUGUAUUUACAAAACUAAUAACUGUAUUCCUUACAAGUGUAAUAAAUCAUAACAUUAUGGCUCCUCCACACGAUGGCCCAGCGUAGGCCAGUCCAAGGGACGCAUUUAUGCGUUAGAGGGAGCAAGUGAUAUUGCUAUCUCAUUCCACUGCAUAGCUGCGUCCCUUAGACUGGCGUACGAUGGGCCAU